CUUUGUGUCUGAAUCCUCCACGUCGUUCGAAGGACAAGCAGACAAAAUGCGUGAAUGUAUUUCUAUGCACGUCGGCCAAGCCGGAGCCCAGAUGGGCAACGCUUGCUGGGAGCUGUACUGUCUGGAGCAUGGGAUCCAGCCAGAUGGACAGAUGCCCUCUGACAAGACCAUCGGGGGAGGAGACGACUCCUUCAACACUUUCUUCAGCGAGACAGGGGCGGGGAAGCAUGUUCCCAGAGCCAUCUUUGUUGACCUGGAACCAACUGUCAUCGAUGAGGUGCGCACAGGAACUUACCGUCAGCUGUUCCACCCCGAGCAGCUAAUCACAGGAAAAGAGGAUGCUGCCAACAACUACGCCCGAGGACACUACACCAUCGGCAAGGAGAUCAUAGAUCUGGUUUUGGACAGGACACGUAAACUGGCUGAUCAGUGCACUGGCCUGCAAGGUUUCCUCAUCUUCCACUCCUUUGGUGGAGGAACCGGCUCUGGUUUCACCUCCCUGUUGAUGGAGAGACUCUCUGUUGAUUAUGGGAAAAAGUCUAAGCUCGAAUUUGCUGUGUAUCCAGCCCCCCAGGUGUCCACAGCAGUGGUGGAGCCUUACAACUCCAUCCUGACCACCCACACCACCUUGGAGCACUCUGACUGUGCUUUCAUGGUGGACAAUGAAGCCAUCUAUGACAUCUGCCGCAGGAACCUGGACAUCGAGAGACCAACUUACACCAAUCUGAACAGGCUCAUUGGCCAGAUCGUCUCAUCCAUCACAGCCUCACUCCGCUUUGAUGGAGCCCUGAAUGUUGACCUGACAGAGUUCCAGACCAACUUGGUGCCUUACCCUCGCAUCCACUUCCCUCUUGCCACCUACGCGCCCGUCAUUUCAGCCGAGAAAGCGUACCACGAGCAGCUGUCUGUGGCUGACAUCACAAACGCCUGCUUCGAGCCAGCCAAUCAGAUGGUGAAGUGUGACCCGCGUCACGGCAAGUACAUGGCCUGCUGUCUGCUGUACCGUGGUGACGUGGUGCCCAAAGAUGUCAACUCCGCCAUUGCAGCCAUCAAGACCAAGCGCACCAUUCAGUUUGUGGACUGGUGUCCCACAGGCUUCAAGGUGGGUAUCAACUACCAGCCUCCAACUGUGGUUCCUGGAGGAGACCUGGCCAAGGUGCAGAGAGCUGUGUGCAUGCUGAGCAACACCACAGCCAUCGCUGAGGCCUGGGCCCGACUGGACCACAAGUUUGACCUCAUGUACGCCAAGAGGGCCUUCGUCCACUGGUACGUUGGAGAGGGCAUGGAGGAAGGAGAGUUCUCAGAGGCCAGAGAAGACAUGGCUGCCCUGGAGAAGGAUUAUGAGGAGGUGGGCACUGACAGCGUGGGAGAUGAAGAUGAAGAGGGCGAGGAGUACUGAGGCAACAUCAUCACACAUUCCACAUCUUGUUCUGAACAUAACAUUCCCAGCAAGUUUCUGAACAUCUGUGAUGUUGAUCUGUCAGUAUUAAUAAACAUCUGUUGAGCAAUGUAAA